ACCAGUUUAUGAUGACCGCGAUCCUCAGUAUUUCAUAUUAAAUACCAGUCGCCUCCAACAAAUCAUAUUAUUAUCCGUUAAUAACGAGGACGAACUUCUUUGGAAAGGUUUCAUGGACCUUCAUCGCGAACGUUAUUUAAUUGAAUGCAUUGCAGUGGAAGGCAAUAUAGACCUUGAUGUUAUAAAACAGCUGUUAAAGAAAUCAUGGUUUAGCCGCGUUUGCAGAAUAGUUUUUCUAGAAAUAAUCUUUAGACCUAUUUCGCGUUUGAUCAGCUAUACGUUUGGCAAUAACAUUCACAGAAUAAUUUUUGACCCUUCUCACUCUUCAUAUUUAGCCAAAAAAGUCCAAAAUCUCCGCGAUGCCAUUAACGAAAUUUUCCCGUCUAUUUUUUUUCCCGAUCUUCCAGUGGAUCGUUUUACACCUUUGUUCGCAAAGCAGUUGCACCAACAGGUUGGCAAAGGGUUGAUUGAAAAUGCGGGCCAGUACAGAACGCGAUAUGUUAUGGCAUCACAAGAUAAUUUUGUUUAUUUGGCACCAAAUAUGAUAGAGAACAAAAUGGAAGUGCUAUUCCGUCAAUGUCGAGAAAAUUUCAGGAGAGAGGACUUGGGAUUGGAGGAAGCCGUCAAAUUUGGGUCGUGUUUUCUUGCUCAUUUCUUGUAUAUCCAUCCUUUUAUGAAUGGAAACGGGAGAGUAGCUAGGUUACUUUUGAGCUAUUUGCUAUCAGGAUUCACUGUGGUGCCACUUUCUUUAUAUUCAGGAACAAAAACACGUGAUGUUUAUUUACAGUGUUUGCGUGAGGUGCAGUGGUUUCAUGAACCUCCAUUCAAACCUAGUGCACUUGCCAGUUUUAUACUUGAAAUCAUUUACGUGACAUCUAUUAACAUAUGCGCG